AUGUCCGACCUCGUCACGCUUGCGACCUGCUCGCUAAACCAAUGGGCUCUUGACUUUGACGGAAACAGGGAUAGGAUUGCUGCAUCGAUUCAUCAGGCCAAAAAGCUUGGCUGCACCGUGCGUCUCGGUCCUGAACUGGAAAUUCCCGGCUAUGGCUGUUAUGACCAUUUCCUCGAGCAGGAUACCGAGCUGCAUUCAUGGCAGGUGCUUGCUGAGCUGUUGAGCUCGGAUCUUACGGAUGGAAUUUUGUGCGACGUCGGCAUGCCUGUUCUGCACAAGUCGGUGCUGUACAAUUGCCGGGUCGCGAUUGCAAAUCGCAAGAUUGUGUUUGUACGGCCCAAAAUGUGGCUCGCAAACGACGGAAAUUACCGUGAAAUGCGCUGGUUUACGCCAUGGCUGCGUCCAUUUGUCGUAGAAGAACACGCGCUCCCGUCGUAUAUCCGGCAAGUUACAGGCCAGGAAAGUGUGCCUUUUGGCGAUGCACUGCUCGCUGCGCGAGACACGAUACUGGGGGUAGAGCUGUGUGAGGAGCUUUUUAUGGCAGCUAGCCCGCACAUCUCCGCAGGCUUGAGUGGUGCCGAGAUUAUCUUGAAUGCGAGCGGUUCUCACCACGAGCUGCGCAAAUUGCACCGCCGUGUAGAGCUGAUCAAAGAAGCAACGCUCAAGUCUGGCGGCGCGUACUUGUAUGCGAACCAGUGCGGAUGUGACGGGGAUCGUCUCUACUACGAUGGAAGCGCUAUGAUUGCUGUGAACGGCGCGAUUGUCGCACAAGGGAAACAGUUUUCGCUGGACGAUGUGCAGGUCGUCUCCGCAACGGUCGAUCUUGCCGAGGUGCGUGCGCAGCGCACGGGCAAAUCGCGAGGACUGCUAGCGGCUUGGAUGCAGGCAGGAAAUGGCGGGCUUUCUCCGGGCGGGCCCUCCGUAGUGCAUGUCGAUAUGGCGCUGUGUCUCGAGCUUAGCGCUGGCGUUUUGCAAAAUUCGCGCCCGUCUCCCGCUAUUUCUGUGCACUACCACACCCCAGAAGAAGAGAUUGCGCUUGGGCCUGCAUGCUGGCUAUGGGACUAUGUACGCCGUUCCAGAACACAGGGGUUUAUGCUGCCACUAUCCGGUGGGAUCGACUCGUGUGCUACCGCCGUGAUUGUACAUAGCAUGUGCCGUAUUGUGCUGGACGCAUGCAUGCACGGAAAUGCGGACACAAAAGAGCGCGUUCUUGCUGACCUUCGCAGGAUUGCCGACGAGCACCACGAAUGGUUCCCUGCCGAUCCGCAAGCGAUUGCACAGCGUAUUUUCGUCACAUGCUUCAUGGGUACGACCAAUUCAAGCCAAGAGACACGCGCGCGCGCCAAGAACCUUGCUGUGGCCCUCGGCUCUUACCACUACACGUUCGACAUUGACUCUGUCACAGCGUCCAUUCUAAACCUCUUUUCUCUCGUCACGAAACGCACGCCGCAUUUCCGAGUGCAUGGCGGCACGCCUGCAGAGAAUUUGGCGCUUCAAAACAUUCAAGCGCGCACGCGCAUGGUGCUUGCCUAUCUCUUUGCACAGCUUGCGCCCUGGGUCCAGGGCCGUAGCGGCGGGCUUUUGGUGUUGGGGAGCGCGAAUGUGGACGAGAGUUUGCGUGGGUACCUGACCAAGUACGACAACUCUGCCGCCGACCUGAACCCCAUUGGUGGCAUCUCCAAGACAGACUUGAAGCGCUUUAUUGCGUAUGCGCGCGAUGCAUUUCACCUCUUAAUUCUCGACGAGUUCCUCGAGGCGCCGCCGACCGCAGAGCUGGAGCCUAUUACCGCUGACUACGUGCAGAGCGACGAGGCGGAUAUGGGCAUGACCUAUGACGAGCUGUCUAUGUUUGGCCAGCUGCGCAAGGUUGGCAAGUGUGGCCCGUACAGCAUGUUUGUCAAGCUCCUGCCCAUGUGGACGCCGCGCCUGUCGCCCAUCGAUAUUGCGGCCAAGGUAAAGCAUUUCUUUUUUGAGUACGCGAGAAAUCGGCACAAGAUGACGACCUUGACUCCGUCGUACCACGCCGAGUCGUACAGCCCCGACGACAACCGUACGUACCGCUUCUACUGA